ACUUGCCUCCCUGUUCAAACAGUUGCAGGAUGGCUAUGACUGACGUGCUCAGCGCUGACGAUAUCAAGAAGGCUGUGGGAGCCUUUUCAGCGGCUGAAUCUUUUAACUACAAGAAGUUUUUCGAGAUGGUAGGAUUGAAAAAGAAGAGCCCAGAAGAUGUGAAGAAGGUUUUCCAUAUUCUUGAUAAAGAUCGAAGUGGCUUCAUUGAAGAGGAUGAAUUAAAGUUUGUACUGAAGGGCUUUACCCCAGAUGGAAGAGACCUAUCAGACAAAGAAACAAAGGCUUUUCUGGCUGCUGGAGAUAAGGACGGGGAUGGUAAAAUUGGCGCUGAUGAAUUUGCAACUCUGGUGGCUGAAUCAUAAAGGCUUUGACCAAUGCAAACCCUUCACCCAUCCUUCACUGCCCAAUUCCAACCACCUCCUGCUGACUGCUUUGGCUCCUGUUCUAUUUAUUUAUGUUAUUUUAUACUCCAGCUCUGUUCUCUGCAAUCCUGCAACUCUGUAAUUGUGCUGAAAGACACUGUUAAAGUAAUAAAGGUCACAUCAAUCUGGGCUUUAUUCUCUCUCACUAUAACUUGUUUCUUAUUUCAUGCAGGCUUGGCACACACUGAGAGAAAAUUUUACUCCUUCUUGCUGACAUUCCUGCUGUUUUAUCCCUAGCUAGGUUAAAGUGGGAAGAAAUAAUUUUUAAAAAAAUUUAAAAACUGGGAUAAAACAUGCAUAUAAUGAGUCAUUCAGUCCAAGUUCUGAACUGUGGCAAAACUGACUGCAUUAUUUUUAAGCCAUCCUUGCUAAAUGGAUGCAUACUCAUAGCCUGGAAAAUCUCUACUGAAGGCAAUUACCCAACUUCAUUUGGCAGUUUGCUCCUUUGACUUAAUCAGUCUUAUAGCUAAAAAAAAAAAAACCAAAAAAACAAAUAAGGUAUUUCCUAAUAUUUAACCUACAGCUCCCCUGCUGCAUUUUUGUGAUCAGUAAAUUGAUCCUUGGCUGUUAUUUUUUAAUAAAAGGUUUGACAGGAAUAUCAGCUGGUGCCUGCCAAUCAUGCAUGGAAAUAACUUUGUAAACAAUUGGAAAAGCGUUCACUUCUGAAACACAGGAUAUGUUUACUAGCAGUGUUACACAACUAUCUAGGACAAGAAGAAUGGAAUACUCACAAGAAACAACAGUAUGAAUUUUUGGAAGGGGCACACCAAGAUUCAGGUGUUGACGGGUGCUACUGUUGACAU